GGAACAAUGGAAUAUUCCUGACCUAUCCCAGAGUUCCGCGGGAUUUUGAAAAUGGCGGCAACAGGGCAAAAAGUCACCGUUUCACCAAAAAAGAGUAAUUCAGACGGAUAGAAAAGUCCCUGAGUCAUAACCGAUGCAAGGGCUAUGACCAAACCUUACUGCAGAAGUGAAGAAGGGAAGUGAACACAAAGUUUCUGCAGACAUACCUCAAAAGUAGCUGAGAUGCAGGGACAGAGCGACAUCCCUUCAUUUCCACCGUCCCAGCCGGUUGUACCUGGGAGAGACAGGAUUGCCUUUCCUUUGGAUAGUCAUGGACCACGAUCGGGCAUUCUUUUAGGAUUUGGAGCUGAGGCUCCAUCUUUCCCCAUGGAGGGACUUGGUUUCCCUAACUGGCCACAGAACAGAGAUCAGCUUUAUGGAACAACAGCAGUGCCAAACUUCUCAAUGCUGCAGACAUUUAACAAUGGUGGUGGGAGUGGUGUACCUAUUGGACUACCCUAUGUAAAUGGGAAGGAGAAUCAGAGACCUUUGGAUGGCACUACAGAAGGUGUAUUGAGACAGCACGCUUGGAACAGGUUGGAUUCAGGAGGCCAGAUUACAGACUCUAGCGUGCUGUCUUCACACAGUGUUGGAGGGACAGGCCUUGAAGGAGGACCACUGCCAUUGUCACAAAAAGAUGCAGACAUGUUGGAGCAUGUGCGAGCUAAACAGCACGCCCACCUGAUGAGCCACAUGCACCAGCUGCAGGCGCGGCAGAGGGAGCAACAGGAGCAGUUGCUACGGCAACAGAUGGAGCAGCUGGCCCGCAUCCACCAGGAACAGGAGAAAAUGAAGAGCCUGUUGGUGGCUCAGAGAACAGGCCACUGGGGAGGUGAAGUCAAAGCUCCCUCAUCUCCAAAGCAGAGGAGCCCACCUCGCUCCAAGUCCGGCCUGAGUCCCACAGGGAGUCGACAGCCCCUCAGCCCCUCUCACAGACCGUGGGGAAACAGAAGUCCCCCCAGGCCUGGCCCUGGUUCCAGCCCCAGUAGACCCAGGAGCACCCUUCCUGAUGCUUUAGCUAGAGCAUCCAUGUCUCCCAGAAGGCUGGCUCAGUCAUUUCUACCUCAGGAUGAUUUGCCAGAAGCAAGAGAAGCCCAUGAUCAUGUCGGACCCACCACCAGGACACAGGCUCCUGUCCCUGCUCCUGACAGUGACCUGGGGUCAGUCAUGGAUGACGGGCCCCCUCUGGAAAUGGAGGGGGUGUUUCCACUGCCUGAAACAGCCUCAGAGAUGGAGGAUGACCAAUCAGAGGCCCAUGUCCAGGAACAAGGAAAUAAAGCGGAUGUAAAGGUCAACACAACACCACCAAGAAGUCCUCCUGAAGACAGCUCUAACAACAGUCAGGGCUCUGGAACUCCUGAAGAUGAGAGACCUAUCAAACCACUUUCUGCUGGGAGGCCAAAAACUUUUGAACAACUUCUUGAGGAGAAAUUACAUCUAGAAGAAUCUAAGAAGGAUACAGAAAGUGUAGAUGGACCCAAACAGAAAGCCACAAAGAGACCAUUUCUGAAGAAAGGCCAGGGUUUGGCUAGGUUUGGGCUGACUCAAAACAGGACAGCAGCCAAGACCACAACCCCCUCUGAGGAUGUACAGGAGAACAGAACCACUAGUCAGACAGGGAGGUCUACAACUCAAAAAACAAGUACCCUGUCCACCCCUCCAACCUCCAGCUCAAUGAGACAGCCCAAAAGGCUCAUCACCACUCUUAAGCUCAAACCCCAGCCAGUUAGGAAAUCUGUAGCAGUGACCAAAGAAAGGGUUGCUUCCCAACCUACUGUAGCAAAAGAACCAGUAGAUAAUAGUGAUUUUCCCCAUGGGGGAAAUGUAAUAAGACAAGACAAGAAAGAUGAAGGAAAGACUGAGGAUGUUCAUGGCAGCCCCACCUCUAUUGCAUCAUGGGAUAUGUCCUUCCAAACCAGACUUCAAGAGUUGGAGCAGAAGGAACAGUUGGAAGAUGAGGAGCUGAAGGAGUUUGAGUUGUUGGAGAGAAUGGCAGCGAACACGUCUUCUUUCAUGGGCAGCACCCCUGCCAGGGCCAACAUGUACAGGAGUCAGGGGCCACCUGGGUCUUUGAGACAACCACUGAUAAAAAGUGAUGAAGAAGACCAAGAGAUGAAUGAAGAUGGAGAGGAUGUCAAUUUGGAGCAGACUUUAGAGGAGGGAGACAGUGACUUGGACCAAACCAUCAAGGAACAGCCAGAGGGAGGGGACUGGGAGCAAGAUGAAGAGAAGGAAAGCAGAAGAGAUUCUCCACAGGGGACAGCAGUCUUGGCUGAAGAAGCAGAACUGUUGCAGGAAGAAAAAGAUGAAGAAAAAGAAGAUGACAGGGAUUCUGAAAGUGUCCAUGAUGAUGUAGCAGCAGUGUCCUCUCAGGCCUUGAACGUGGAUUUUGAUGAUGAUGACAGCUGGGGAGACAUGAGUAAUAAAGGACUAGAGGAGGAUGACCAGGACACCACUCUGGAUGACAGCAUCAUAUCAGGCGCUCCUCCACUGGACACCUCCACACCUCCAGCCAAGGCAAACAGGCCAGGUUUUUCUAGAAGAGCACAGAACAGCCCACCGCCUGAUUCUGAUGAAGUGCCAGCUCCUGUCAGCAUCGAGCCCCCACCCACAUCUGAACUGGUCGCCAAGUUCUUCCCAAAACUGAAACCUGCCAAAGCUAAAGUGUCUGCUGAACAGGAGGAACAUCAGCACAAGCUACAUAUAGCUACAGAGAAGUCUGUUGGGGAAGGGUUCCAGUCUAAAGUACUGAGAGACAAGCUAGCUCAGCUGGAGACAGAGAUUGAGAGGUUCAGACAAGAGAACACUGCUCUGGCAAAACUCCGGGCUGACAGGGAAGAGGGGAUGCAACGUCUGCAACAGGAGAUGACAGAAUUCGAGAAACUCAAAUCAGACGAACUGAAAAGGCUGGAAGAGUUCAGACAACAGGAGGCAGCAAAACUCAAGAAGGAAAGGAAAUUGUUUGAGCAACAUAAGAAGGCACUUCUCCAACCUGACAAGAAGGAACGUGCAGAAAUAGAAGAACUCAGGGAACAGGUUCAGGAGUUGCAGGAUGAGCUCCAGAGGAGGGAGCAGCGGUGGCAGGCCAGUCUGAACCGGAUGAAGAACCAGCUCCAGGCGGCUCAGAAUGAAAGCCAAGAGCUGCGGGAAGAACUGCGAAUGAUGGAGAAACACAGACUAGAUGCCUGGAGUAAAGCAGAGACUAAGAAGAAGGAUCAUGCCCCAGUCAAGGCCUUCCAGAAGCAAAAAGUGACAAAGGAGAUCUCUCCAAGUAAGGACGAAGAGAAGACGACUAGUGAAGACAGUGACAAGUCUCCAGAAAUGUCUGCACCACCCAAAUCUCAGCUUCAAAGUCAUACCAUCAAAGACCGGAAAGAUAAAACUACAAAACAUUUUCCCAAAGACGAGUUUGAUUCCGAUAUCGAUGCCAUUCCCGAAGAAACUCCAAGGAAGAUUCCGGUAGCUGUAGCGCUUGAGGAGCACCCUUCUGGUGUUAAGACGUCAGAUGGUCCAAAGCCAAGGAGACCGCUACAGCGGAAGAAGGCAGUGAAGUUUGCAGGAGACGGGGAUUUAAGCCUGGAAGAUGAAGAUUCUGAUGGUGUGGAGCAGCUUCAACAUGCAGAUGGGAAGACAGAGAAUGUACUGAAGGAUGGAAGACGUGUCAUCACCUUCAGUAAUGGGACCAGGAAGGAGAUCAGCGCUGACGGACAGACUCUCAUUGUCACCUUCUUCAACGGAGACAUUAAACAGAUUAUGCCUGACCAACGGGUGAUAUACUAUUAUGCAGAGGCCCAGACCACCCAUACCACAUACCCUGAUGGUCUGGAGAUCCUACAGUUUCCCAACAGUCAAAUGGAGAAACACUAUCCAGAUGGAACCAAAGAAAUCACUUUUCCAGACCAAACUAUCAAGUAUCUGUUUCCCAAUGGGGAUGAAGAAAGUAUUUUUCAGGAUGGUACUGUCCUAAGAGUGUCCAAGAGUGGAGACAGAGUUGUUGAGUUUGCCAACGGACAGCGAGAAAUACACACUCUAAACUACAGGAAACGGGAAUAUCCAGAUGGAACAGUGAAGACUGUGUAUCCAGACGGUAAGCAGGAGACCAGGUAUAGCAACGGGCGUAUCCGUGUCAAGGACAAGGAUGGAAACGUCAUUGUGGACAAGAAGAUGUGAGAAAAGCCCAGUCCUUAGUUGUAAAGUUCAAGCUUUGUUCCAACACAAGAAGGGAACUCACCAUAAAUUUUCAUUUGAUGUCGUUAACCUUCGUCGGAUGACUGUGAUGCAAU